UUAUUUUUAUAAAUACAGUAUAAUGUGAAUGCCAAUCUCUCCAAAAAACUAAAUAAACAAGCAAAAUGUCUAAAAAAAAAAAAAAAAAAAACCCUCAAUCUGAUUCUUUUUUAUGGAUUGUUUAUUCAAUUGAAUUUUAUUUCUACUCAUCUUGUUCAUUAAAAUAUUCUAAUGUGUUUACUUUCAGUGCCCUAAACAAUAUUAUGUAAUCAUUGUAAAAUCAAAACACUGGGGUUUAUUGAUGACUGACUCUGAGUCUGAUAUUGUCUCAUAAAUCUCAGCUUAAAUAUUAAACUCGAGUGAGUUAAUGUGAAGGAGAAAGGAGGAGUUCUGUCCAGUGAACAGCCUUUGUGCUUGAGGUGUGCACCUUGAACUCAAUAACAGUGCAAUUCUGUCAUCCAGCCAAGACGCAAGCAAGCAACGCCAUGAAAUACAGCACAGAAACAGAAGAUGCAACAGACAGGCAACAGAAGUUCACAUUUAACCCAAAAGAAGGAAUUGACAAUCCAGCACUGAUGAUCUCAGAUGACCCAGAGCCAAACUUAUGUCCGAGGUUAUGCCUGCUAGUGCGAGAGCAAGGCCAAGGAUUUGGUUUUCAUCUGCGGAAAGAGAGUGGCUGCAGGGGCCAUGUUGUGCAGCAAGUUGCCCCAUGGAGUGCAGCAGAGCGCAGCGGUUUGAGAGAUGGAGACCGCAUUCUGGAGGUCAAUGAAGACUUUGUGGACAACCAAGAGUAUUCCAAGGUGGUGCUGAAGGUGCAAGCAUCUGGAUUGCAGCUGUGUCUGCUGGUCUUGAACUCUGCGGAAUACGAAACAGCUGUGAGUGAAGGAAUAGACCUCAUGGCUCUGUCCAGGGUUCAUCGAGGUGAAGACUGUGCACGUCCUCGUUUGUGCCACAUCAGCAGAGAGCGUGGCAUUGGCCUGGGACUCAGCAUCUUUCCCAUUGAAGGUAAGAGAGGAAAGUAUUAUGUAAGCCCAGUGAGCGAGGGUCCAGCAGAGAGGGCAGGAGUUCAGGCAGGAGAUCAUCUUCUCUCGAUCAAUGGUGUCGUUGUGUCAAAACUCACACAUUCUGCACUUAUGAAAAUGUUUAAAAAGAGUGGCGAAUAUGUGACUAUUUUGGUAAUAGACAGCAGAAGCGAAGAAAGCUAUAUUCGUCGAAGACUGCCCAUUCUCCCUGCUUUUGCCAGCACUCAUAAUCUGCCUCACAUACCAAAAACUCUACACCUUACCCAGGGACCACAGGGCUAUGGGUUCCUUUUACGACAAGAAAAGCUGCCUACAGGACACAUUGUUCACCUGCUGCGAGAGGUGGACCCGUGCAGCCCAGCUGAGGCAGCAGGGAUGGAGGAUGGGGAUCUGCUACUGGCGGUCAAUGGAGAGCAGGUGGAGAACUCUGAGCACGAGGAAAUAGUCAGCAGAAUACGGCAAAGCGGUCAGCAGGUCACACUUACUACUAUCUCUAUUCAGGGCAGAGAUUACUACAAACAGCUGGGUCUUUCACCACUUAUGUUUUAUGAAGAAUACAUUCCACAAAGAGAGCGCUUCCCUACAAACACUCUACCGUCCAACAACCUGCCGUGUUCUCGACUGUGUACCCUUCACAGAGAGGACACAGGAUUUGGCUUCAAACUGGCUUAUAGCCAGAAUGAUUAUAGAGUCUAUGUUGGCCAGGUGCAAGCUGGACAUGCUGGAGACAGAGCAGGGCUGCAGGAGGGGGAUGUGAUUGUGGAAGUGAAUGGGCAGAGGGUGGAGCACGGGCAUUUUGAGGAGGUGGUGACACUGAUCAAGAAGGGAGGGACUUCUCUGACCCUGCGCGUCAUGGACAAGGAUGCGUUUGAGAAUCUCAGUGCAAGUGGCGUACCGAUCGUUUCAGAUGUGACCUUGCACAGCACACAGGUUCCUGAUUCAACACAAGACAAUUUUGUAUAAAAGUCUAUGAACAAUAAAUCACUGGAUUGUUCCUCUCUUGGAAAUACGCUAAGCAAACUGACUCUUGCUGAAAACACUAAAUGCUGCAUCUUUCAACAGAUAU